GGGGCGCGCUAGUCUUCUCGAGGCAUUUUGGAGAUCCGCUUGGCCGUGUUUAUCAAAGGUCUGGCUGGUGUGUUGAAAGAAUGGUGGAGGGAAGAACGGAAUAAGGGACUAAGGAGUGUUCAGGGGCAGAUUAUGCGAGAUGGAAAGGGCACAGAUAACGGAGGGGAGAUUUAGAAUGGCUUAAUCAUGACUUUUCUUCACAAGUCUCGGGCCCUUUAGGCUUUCUUGCCUCCAUCUUGCAUCGUGCAGGUUUUGGAAGACAAGAGUUGUUUCUUGCAUGUGCGGUUAUUUUCAGCCUCCUGCAGAGAGAACAUGCCGAGACCCCGGAAGAGGCCGACUAGGGCAGCUGGCCCAGCCAGGCAGAAUACGGAUGGGCAGGAAAGCCAUACAGAGAUACAGGGAGAAGAAGGGGGGAGUCGGGAGAGACGAGAUCCAGCGGCCUCAAGGAACAAGAUGCCAGGGAACUGACAAGAAGGGGCUAUCAGAAAAACGUCCUAAAACUGAAAACUCAGAAAAUACAUCAGCUAAGCUAGAGAAUGCCAGUCCUCAGAAGACUUCAACCUCGAAAAACUGUGGCAAGAAUUUAAGCAACUACUGGCUGAUGAAGUCCGAGCCAGAAAGCCGGCUAGAGAAAGGUGUAGAUGUGAAGUUUAGCAUCGAGGAUCUCAAAGCACAGCCCAAGCAGAUAGCAUGCUGGGAUGGUGUUCGCAACUAUCAGGCUCGGAACUUCCUCAGGGCCAUGAAGUUGGAGGAAGAAGCCUUCUUCUACCAUAGCAACUGCAAACAGCCAGGCAUCGUGGGACUCAUGAAGAUCGUAAAAGAGGCUUAUCCAGACCACACACAGUUUGAAAAAAAUAAUCCCCAUUACGACCCAUCCAGCAAAGAGGACAACCCUAAAUGGUCGAUGGUGGAUGUACAGUUUGUUCGAAUGAUGAAGCGUUUCAUCUCCCUGGAUGAACUUAAAACCUAUCACCAAGCCCACAAAGCUACCGGGGGCCCCUUAAAAAACAUGACCCUCUUCACUCGCCAGAGACUUUCAGUUCAGCCUUUGACUCGAGAAGAGUUUGAUUUUGUUUUGAGCCUGGAGGAAACAGAACCAAGUUAAUGAAGGCUCUACUGAUGAAUGAACAAGCCAUUGAUCCAGAGUCAAGAUAUGUAAGACAAAAGGAGAAAGCUUGCUGUGUCCACCUGGGGUCAUGUGCACAGGUGGUUUGUUCAUU